AUGACGAACAAGCUCACCGCCGCCGAGUUGAAGCGGUUCCGCGCCUUCCUGGACGCGGCCCUUGACCGCGAAGAGCACGGUCCUUCCUCUGACGACGAGGACGCUCUCAAGCGGCAACUCUGGGGCGAGAUACGCGCACACCUCGGGGUCAACGGCAUGUCUACGGGUCUCCCACAUCUCGACCAACUCGUCGAAGACAUCUUCCAAGGCAAGUCGAAUGUCAGCCUCCAAGGCCCGAUCGUGAUCUUGCCAGCCGCGCCCGGCGUUCCAAGUGCAGCACCCCCGGUCGUGACUCAGCCAGUCGCGUCCGGCGCUCCAAGAGCAGCAACCCCGUCCGUGUCAUCCAACAAGUCUUCGGGCAAGAAACCUGCUACGUCUUCCAAGAAGUCCUCCAAACGGAAGGCCAGCGCCGGCGACACACUGCUCGACGCUAAUCCCAACGCUCCUCGGGUCGUGCGAACCGCGAUUGCCAUCGUCCUCCACAAGGCUGAAGAAGCCGGCAAGGUCCCUUGGCGCCUGGCGUACCCCUGGUCGGGUCGACCUCUGUGGUAUGACCCAGCUGAGAAUCAGGACAUUCAUCGAGCCCACUGGCGGUUCUGGAUGACCCACAGACGCGCCUUCUGGGAGUGGGCGUUCCACGCCCCCCUCGAGACAACCUCAGCUCAGCCUAAUCGCCGCAAGCUCAAAAUGCGAGCCUCUCAUGCUUGUCUGUCCUUUACGAGCCUUUGCAUCGAGACGUGGGGCUUCUACGCGUUUCUCGAGAGGCUGGAGAAGCGUCCUGAAAUGUUCUGGAUCGGAGGCCAGACCGGCAAGUCUCCACGCGGAGGUCGACAGCCCCAGAGACCUAUCGCUGAAGAUCUGGUUGUCCUCCACGAUAAGGAUCAGGCCCGGUACGAGGCCACGCUAGAGAACGCCCUCAAUCCGGCAAAGAUAGACGCUUACGGAUAUCCUCAAGUGCUCUCCUUCCUCGAGUUCACCGACGCCUUAAAUCCCAAGGUCAUCGCAAAGAAUCGCCUCUCCAUGACGGCGUUGGCACGUAUCCGGCAGGAUCUCACGUCAGGAACCAAGCUCAAGACGUCGUGGAUUAUCAAUCCGAACGUCGACGCUUGGAAGACUCUUAUCAAUUACAGCGGCGUCAAGCAGCGCCAACUCGACGUUCUGGCUCAGAUAGCCGACCGGACUUACGAACUCCCCUCCGUUGAUCCACCAUCUCAGAGGGAACGCGAUCGCGAAGACUGGCACUGGCACGCCGACUCACGGCGAGGACGUCGACGAGGAUGA